CAAGACUUCUUGAGUUGGUUGCAUCAAGCCUGAAGCUGACAGGGUGCUGAGAUCAGAGGGCGAAUUGAACUAAGUCUGAUUCCAACCUGGCUGCCUUGAUGGAGGACAUCAUUUGAUCAGAAUACUAUAACCCUAGUGCAUGUCGGCCUUGCUUGGAAAGGAGGAAUUGCUUUAUGAGCUCGUCCGCGCUUGUUAACGGGAACAUUUCUGUCUUCUGAAUUAAUAUUGCCUGGCUGAAAGCAAACCUGCGCUGUGGACACACAAGCUCUGACAUCACGAGUUUAUGCAGUGCUUGCUGAGGAUCAGCGAAGCUGUGGGAGAUCCUUCCCAGUCACUCGGUGAAUCCGAUGUCCAAAGAGAACCAUCUCUCUCCCGGUCUGUCCGGCGCGUAAAAGCGGGCACGGCGUCUCUCCAAACUCCACUCUGAGAGCAGUUACCGAAAUGGAAUGAAAACGAAAAUCUGCUUUUAGAGAUUUUGCUGAUUUUUACAAGGAGAUUAUCUACGGUACGGCUGCGCGCCUGUCUGCUUACUUGCCUGCCUAUUUGGGUCACCUGCUUAGCUCCAACGCGCUUUUAUUAGGCUACAGAUUCCUGGCGUGUUGAAUUCAUCGUUAUCCUUCCUUCAUAUCGAAUUGGAAUAAUUUAAUCUAUCAUGGAUUUGAUUUUCUUUACAAAGUCACCGUUUAGGCUCGGUUAGACAUCCUAUAGAUUCGGACACUGUAGAGUUCCAUUGAACCCACGCAGCAGCGCAACACCAGGAGCGGAACAUGGACAAAAAUGCCACAGACGGACCGUUGCGGGAUGACUUGAGCAAACUCACGGACGAGGAGCUCUCCAGGCUCGGAAAAGACGAGCUCAUCAGGAGGCUACGGAAAACGGAUAACGAGAAAAUGAACUUAAUGGUGGAGCACGGGAACAUGAUGAAAGACGUGAACCGGAGACUACAGGUCCACCUUCACGAGAUCCGCAGUCUCAAGGAGAUCAACCAGAAGCUCCAGGACGACAACCACGAGCUCCGGGAGCUCUGCUGUUUCCUGGACGACGACAGGCAGAAGGGCAAGAAGCUGUCCCGGGAGUGGCAACGCUUCGGCCGCUACACCGCCGGAUCGAUGUGGAAGGAUGUCGGGGUUUACCAUCAGAAGCUGAAGGAUCUGGAAGCCAACCAGGACUCUGUGAUGCGGGAGAACCUGGAACUGAAGGAGAUCAUUCUGAUGUUGGAGGAGGAGAGGAACGGAGCCGGGUCACGGAGCUCUAUAGACUCCCAGUCCAGCCUGACCAUCUUGAACGGGGGCACCGGAACCGUUAGGGACGUCGGGGACGGGAGUAGUACCUCCAGCACCGGCAGUGCCGGUAGUCCUGACCACCACCACCACCACAAUCACAUACAUAAGCCGGCCGAGGGGAAGAUAGCAUCCUUGCAGAGGUCUAUGGACGACCUGUCGCCAGCGUCACACAUCCAUAGGAGCAUCCCUAAUGAACUGCAUGAUACGUCUUCCAACUACAUCAGGCAACUGGAGACCAAGGUCCGCAUCCUGGAGGAUGACAACAUGCAGCUUCUAUCACAGCAGACUAACAGUGGUGAUCUGAAGUGUCUGAGGAAGGGUUUCUACCACUCUGAGUCUCAGCUCUCACAGUACCAGCAGGAUGCACUGCAGAAUGGCUCUGGUAGGUCUCCUAGCGGUGAGCCCCCCCCAGCAGACUACCUCCCAGUGGGCCAGAAGCCUGAGGCUGUGGUCCAUGCCAUGAAGGUACUGGAGGUCCAUGAGAACCUGGAGAAGAAGAUCCCUGAAGACUACGACGAGGACCUCAGUGAGAAGGAGAAGGCCAUCGUCAGGGAGAUGUGUAACGUGGUGUGGCGUAAACUAGGUGACGCUGCAGGCUCCAAGCCUUCCAUCCGCCAGCAUCUCUCUGGGAACCAGUUCAAAGGGCCUUUGUAGUCUUUAAGACCACAUUAACCAGCACACAGCAGCAUUCAGCCGAGACAAACGGACAGACAGACAGACAUGGACCCUCAGUACUGAGUGGACAAACAAGGGGCACAUCUCAAAUGACAGCCUCCUAUUCUCUCAGCUCUGUGUGACCGUGGCUAGAUGAUCCACACAAACUCUAACUCGAACCCAAACCCACUGCCUCCUCUGUGCUUAGCCUCCCCUAACAUUGUCCCCUGGUGGAUAUGGAAAUGUAGGUUACACCUGACCUGGGUAGCGGGUACAGUCAAUCUCAGUUUAGGCCUACGAAGGGUUAAAAACAGUGGGUGGCAAUCCUAUCGCCUCUGACCACAUUGGCUGUCAUUUUCUGUUUAUUUAAAGACAAUUCUACAUGUUGAAUGACCACCGUUCGUCAAUACCCAGCAGGUAAUCUAGUGCCCACGGCCAACGUUCGUUAUGGUGUCUUGUCAUCAAUGAGAAGGAAGAGGAGUGGAUAGGGGCAUUAAUAACUCAACUGCCCCUUACAACCAGUCACUACACCUGAGCUACUAUACCUGAGACCUGAGCUACAGUACUUUACCUGACCCUCUGCCAUCUCCAACCAUAGUCUGUUUUUGGGUUUGUAAAUGUUCACCUACCAAGUGUUCAAGACUGACAACCACUCCAGGACAGACUAUUUUACUCUUCUCAAGUCAAGGCCCUGAUCUGUUCUGUUCUUGACUUUGCUUUCAUGACUUUUCCAUUCAACAGCCAACUGACUGAAAACUCCUUACAACAUACAGUGCAUUUGGAAAGUAUUCAGACCCUUUCCCCACAUUUUGUUAUGUUACAGCCUUAUCCUAAAAUUGAAAAAAAAUGUCCUCAUCAAUAUACACACAAUACCCAUAACGAAAAAGUGAAAAAAGGGUUUUAGAAAAAAACUGAAAUACCUUAUUUACAUAAGUAUUCAGACCCUUUGCA